GCGUACAUACGAAAGAUUGGUACAGGAUCUUGGACAACGUUUGUAUCGUGAUGAAGGUGCUGAAAAAUGUCUCCUGGAAAGCAAAUAGCAAUUACUUUAUGGUUCUUUAGUAAUCAGGAAGUUUAUAGAUCAGUUGCGGAUCGAUUUGGAGUAUCCAAAGAUACUGUUUGGAAUUGUGUAUUUGAGGUAGCAUUACUACUAACUGAAGAUGCCCAUAGAUAUAUAAAAUGGCCUGAACUUCAUCAAAUGGCUCUCUUUGAAAGAGAAUUUCGUCAAUUACAUGGUUUUCCUGGAGUAAUUGGUGCAAUUGAUGGCUCUCAUAUAUCAAUAAGUGCACCUAUAGAAAAUCUUGAAAAUUACAUUAAUC